GACACUGUAAUAAGGAUGGCACCAGGCGACACUCUCCCGGCCUUCCUUACCAAUCCUCUCCUCUUGACCCUGCCUUUGACUAGGACAUUCUCGACACGCACCUAAUAUACGAUUAUGAUGCCCAGGACAGCAACGGCAACCCGGAGAAGUGGCGUUACGAGCUAUGGUGCUUCUCCUCUGACUGAGUAGUCUACGCUAUCCAUGGCGGACUCAUGGCUGGCCGCAUGAACUACCAACGUACAACUUACCAAUGCAUCCAUCCUGGCGAGCUCUGGCAGAUCAACUGGCUCGAAGAGACUGCUACCGUUGUCUCCGUCUACGACAUCAGGGAGAAAAGAAUGAAGACUAUGAUCUCCUUCUCAGAG